AAUGUAUAUCAACCUUGACAAGGUUUACACAACCUUCACCCGAGUUUAUUUACAACAAAGGCAGCCGAAACAACGCGUCCGCAGCAAAUCACGAACAAAACUCUGCCGAAACUUCUAAAAUAAGCAGAAAAAAGGUGCUGAGGGCGUUAAAAUAGUUGCUGUUUUGCUGUGAGGACGACCUAAACAAACCCCAUUAGACCUAUGCUAUCAACCAGCAAUAAAUGCCGGUUGCCGGAACAUCGUUUAGUUUCUAUAACCUAAACCCUAUAACCCCAUCAAAAUACUGGUGAUUUAUUGGUGAGAAGUGCAAUCGUGAUUUCAUUCAUCGCACGCGGAUCCACAAAACAGCAAUGAAUGUUCUGGAGCAGUUUAAAGCGACACCGCUGACGCUCACGAAGCUACCAGCAUCCUUCAUCGAGACGAAUCUUUCCGAAAGUGGACAAGUGCCUUCGGAUCACUUGCAGAGCACCACCCGGCAACCAUUCGGUUCGAGCAAUGUGUACAAAACCAGCAUUCUGCUCUAUCGUGUCUUGGCCGAGGGUGACGAUAUAAAGACCGUGUACGAGACCGCAAUCAAACUUCCACCGAAUAUGGAAGAGGAAUAUUUUCCUGGUGAUGCAAUCGGCAUUCUCACCUACAAUCUGGCCAGCGAGGUAGAUUAUGUGCUGGACCGGUUACAUCUGCUCGAGUCGGCCGACCAAACGUACGAAGUGAGGCUGGCAAAACCGGUAAAGAAGAAAAACCCGGAGCUGCCCCAUUACGUGCCAAAGUACGUCACUCCUCGGCGGCUCCUGGCGGAAUGUUUGGACAUUCGGAUUACACCGCGGAAAGGGUUGCUUCAGGCCCUGGCCGGCUAUACGGCUGAUGAGUGCGAAAAGCGAUUGCUGGAGAUUUUGGCCUCAAAGGAAGGUUCCAACCUGUACAAUGAGUUGAUUCUCAAGAACGAGAUGAACUUCCUGCAUGUGCUCAAGUAUGUGGCCACCUGUAAACCACCGUUGUCGUUGCUGAUAGAGCACUUACCACGGCUGCAGGCUAGACCGUACUCGAUAGCGAGCUAUGGGCGAGAGAACCACAUUCGCAUCGCCUUUGCUAUGCUGAACGAUGGCCACGUUGGCAUUACGACGCACAUGCUCGAAAGCAAGCUGUUGCAUCCGAGCAAAUGGGACAAAUAUCUGUACAUAUACCUGCGUCAGCUGAAACCCGUCUUCAACUAUCGCGAGGAGGAUCUCGAACGUAAUAUCAUCAUGAUCGGACCCGGCACUGGGGUGACGCCGUACAUCAGCUUCCUAGAGUAUCGUAAGCAGAUGAAGAGCUCGAAUCGGAAGAUGAAAAUGGGAUCUGCCUGGUUGCUGACGAGUUGCCGCUACCAGGAACGAAACUAUCUUUACGAGAGCGAACUGAAGGGUUUCAUGCAAGGUGGUGUGUUGGAUCGAUUGCACGUGGCCUCGUCGCGGGACGAGGACAGUCAGUACAAGUACGUGCAGGACAUUAUCGAGGAUCGGAAGGAGGAGCUUGUGGAGCUGUUGCUCGAUGACGCUACCAAGCUGUAUCUCUGCGGGGAGGGACGCACUAUGCUGCCCCGCAUUCAGGACACGAUAGUGACGUGUAUGAGCAAGGUGAAAUCUAUGCCCAAAUCGGAAGCAGCCGACCUGCUGGCUGAGUAUAAGAAGUCGGGGAAGUAUCUGUACUAUUCGAUGAUACGGUAUUGAGCUGGAGGAUUUACAUUUGCUCGUGACAUGUAUAGAAAUGCCGGGUCGCGAGAUGAUGUCGGGAGAAGCCCAUAUUUAUAACUGACGACCGCUGAGUGCUUCAUAAUAAACGACGUUCGGACGUUCGCCUAAGUUA